UUGUAACGUUCUUGCUUAAACAACUAAAAAUAUACCAAAAAAAAUAAAAUGAAAAGGAAUAGAGGCUCAGCCACGAAAUCACAAGAUCUCAAACCCAAAGUCUGAAAUAGAGAAACCAGAUUGAGAGUCCCUACUCACUGCCGGCAAACCUCUAACCACCGUCGAAGCUCGGUCGUCCUCCGGCCACCGUCGCACGAAGAAUCACCCCCGCCGCUGGUUGUCGAGCUAGCCACCCGGCCGCCGCCGUUCUGGUGGGUAUUGGUUCUGGUUCCAUCUGUUAGAGCAUUACUAAUUUUAUUGCUUCAGGCACGAAUCAGAAGGUAUGGGAAUCAGUAAAACAGAAGUAAACUUAAAGAGGUUGCUUGCAGCUGCUCCUCAGCAGCAAAACCAGGCAAAACUUGUGCAUUAUGUUGCUACUUUGCGUGAACAAUUGGAACAAUUGGCUGAAGAAAGGACACCGGAAGGCUUACCAAGGAUUUCAAAGGCUGUGUUGAAUGAUUAUUCAGAGAAGAUUGAAGCCAUUGCUUCCAAAUUGGUUAAUCGUGUGAGUGACCCACCAGUACCCAAGAAGGACUUUGAAAGGAAUUCUGUCAAAGAAAACUCUUCUGAAACUGAGGAAACAAAGCAGAUACUCCUUUCUUCUGGAUUGAGAAGAAGGCCUGUACCUGCCUCAAGUACGGAAGAUAGAGCGCAUGAGCCUGCUGAGACUGGCCACACAUCACCUGUUAAACUGGAUGCUACAGCACAUGCACACAUUGAAAAGCAUAGAAAGCUUCAAGAUGAUUUGACUGAUGAGAUGGUGGUGUUGGCAAAACAACUCAAAGAGAGUAGUCUCAUGAUGAGCCAGUCCCUGCAAAAUACUGAAAAGAUACUUGAUUCUACCGAGAAGGCUAUUGAGCAUAGCUUGGCAAGCACCGGUCGUGCCAAUGUGCGAGCAACGGCAAUCUACUCAGAGAGUUCCAAGACUUCUUGCUUAACAUGGCUUGUGAUGUUUGUGAUGACAUGCGUAUUUGUCAUGGUUAUUCUUCUAAUCCGUGUCACAUAGCGUAGUUCUCGUUUCACUGGGUAAAUGAAAUAACUUCCGAUAUAACUUUUCCUAUGAUGUAAAUUUUCCUUCCACUCAUAAUUAAAUUGGAAAAUGUUAAAAUUAGUUAAAGAAACAAAAACGUUUUUCUGGGGAAGUUUUGUAAAUGAGCUUUUACCUGAUAUAGUUUCUUCACUUUACUUUUUAAUAAAAAGAGUAAAUUAGAUAAAUCCCCUUUCGAAUAAAUUACACUUGAUAUCCUUUCUUUUCCAACAUUACUUUUAGACCCCUGUGCAACACCAUUUAGGUUCCGUCAAAUUUU